AUAGAUGAUUUCUGAGAUAAUUUGAAAAAAUAUUUUUAUUUAGUUAAACGUAUACAAUUAACAAUCAGUACAAUGAUAAAUUAAUUCAACUUAUUUUUAUGAAAUAUCUAAGCAGAAUCAUGAUUUCUAAUGAUACGUUAUUCAAACUGUACGAACUUUACGAAACAUGUACAUACAUAAUAUAGUUGUUGAGUUCAAACAUGCAUCGCGUGAACUUCAUUUAGGCACCACCAUAGAAAAGAAAUAAUCGAAAUACAUACAGCGAAACGGAUACGAACAAGUACAUAACGGUUUAUAACAAUUCCGAAAAUGACAGAGGUUGUAGCGAAUCAUACUCUUCAUAGUGGUAUUUUUCAUCCUGUUCUUCGACAAUGGCAGUCGCCAAACGUGGAGAUUACUGUCAGCAAUCUUAUGUAUCCGAUUUUCAUUUCAGAUGAGCAGGAUGCUAAAGAUCCUAUUACUAGCAUGCCAGGCGUUUAUCGGCAUGGCAUUAAUCAAUUGCAUAAAAUACUGCAACCAUUGGUUUCUAAGGGACUGCAAUCGAUAUUAUUGUUCGGAGUAUCAAAACACUUGAAAAAGGAUCAUAUUGGAAGCAAUGCUGAUAGUUCAAAGAAUCCAAUUAUUCAAGCUGUGCCUUUAAUACGGCAAUGGUUUCCAAAUUUAUUGAUAGCAUGUGAUGUUUGUUUAUGUGCUUACACUAUUCAUGGUCAUUGUGGAAUCUUGAAUGAAGAUGGAAGCAUAAAUAAUAAAGCUAGUAUUUCAAGAAUUUCAGAGGUUGCCCUUGCAUAUGCAAAAGCUGGAGCGCAAAUCGUGGCUCCAUCGGACAUGAUGGAUGGAAGAAUAGGUGCGAUAAAACAGAAAUUGGCUUCAGCUGGAUUGUCAAACAAAGUUGCAGUAUUAUCUUAUGCUGUCAAAUUUGCAUCUGGCUUUUAUGGUCCUUUUAGAGAUGCAUCGCAAUCGGCACCCAAGUUUGGGGACAGAAAAUGUUACCAAUUGCCUCCAGGAAGCAAUGGACUAGCUGCUAGAGCUGCUGCCAGAGAUGUUGCCGAAGGAGCUGAUAUGCUCAUGGUAAAACCAGGCUUAGCAUAUUUGGAUGUAGUUAGGCACACAAAAGAUUCACAUCCACAGUAUCCAAUGUUCGUCUACCAAGUUUCAGGAGAAUAUGCCAUGUUGUAUCAUGGCGCUCAGAAUGGUGCAAUUAAUUUAGAGAAUGUUUUAAAUGAAGUUCUUCUAUCUAUGAGAAGAGCAGGGGCUGAUUGUAUUAUAACAUAUUUUACACCAUUAAUUUUGGAUAUGUUACAACCGAAGAGCAAAUAUUAAAAGUGUUACAAGAAAUGUACUUAAUAUGUACACAAUUAAGGUGGUGUUUAAUGUUUUAAAUAAAGACAUGGUACUUGUAGAUAUGUUUUGAAAGAUUCUGUAAAAAGA